GGCUGGCUGCUCUCUGCCGUUACCGCUAUGUGUGGGGCGUGUGUGGAAUAACGUUAUUGCCGAGCACGGUGAAAGGAACGGGGAGUCCGGGGGCGACGGCAGCGACGACAACUACGGCGACGGGUUGGCGGGGAGGGGACGGCGUGCGAGAGACUCACGGGACGCGACGCGCCCCGCCUCCCCCGUCCGGUCCCUCUCGCUAUGGUGAGGGGAUGACGUAGCCUUGCCAGAGAGUUAGAAGCUGAGCAGAAAAUGAGCUUAACAUCCUGGUUUUUGGUGAGCAGUGGAGGCACCCGCCACAGGCUGCCACGAGAAAUGAUUUUUGUUGGAAGAGAUGACUGUGAGCUUAUGUUGCAGUCGCGCAGCGUGGAUAAGCAGCAUGCUGUAGUCAACUAUGAUGCCUCUGCAGAUGAACACUUAGUAAAGGAUUUGGGUAGUCUAAAUGGGACUUUUGUGAAUGAUGUAAGGAUUCCAGAACAGACUUAUAUCACCUUGAAACUUGAGGAUAAACUAAGAUUUGGAUAUGAUACUAAUCUUUUUACUGUAGUACGAGGUGAAAUGAGGGUCCCUGAGGAAGCCCUUAAGCAUGAGAAGUUUUCAAGUCAACUUCAGUUGUCCCAGAAAUCUUCAGAAGCAGAAUUAUCAAAAUCAGCAAGCUCCAAAAGUGUAGAAUCAAAAAUGCCAGAUGCUGCUGCAGAGGUGCAGCAUAAAGCUACAGAAACAUUAAAGUCUGAAGAAAAAUCCAUGGAUCUUUCUGCUAUGCCUCGUGGUACUCCUUUGUAUGGGCAGCCAUCUUGGUGGGGUGAUGAUGAAGCUGAUGAAGAAAAUGCUUUCAAACAAGAUGGGAAACCUGAAGAAAAAAUCAAUGAUACUGGAGCUUCAGGGUGCAGCAUAAAUGUCAAGCAAGUUGAGGAGCAGUCUGCAACUGCAAAUGAAGAAAUGCUUUAUCCUUUCUGUAGGGAACCAAGUUAUUUUGAAAUCCCUACAAAAGAAUUCCAGCAACCAUCACAAAUAACAGAGAGCACUAUUCAUGAAAUUCCAACAAAAGACAUACAAAGCUGCCAUGCAGCAGGUGCAGGGCAUGCUUCAUUUACCAUUGAAUUUGAUGAUAAUGCUCCAGGCAAAGUAACUAUUAGAGACCAUGUAACCAAAUUUACUCCUGAUCAGCGUCAUAAGUCGAAGAAGUCCUCUCCUUCAGGAGCACAAGACCUUCCUGGGAUUCAGACUGGAAUGAUGGCACCAGAAAAUAAAGUUGCUGACUGGCUGGCGCAGAACAACCCUCCUCGAAUGAUUUGGGAAGGGACAGAGGAGGACUCCAAAAGUAUUAAAAGUGAUGUUCCAGUUUACUUGAAACGGUUGAAAGGGAAUAAACAUGAUGAUGGCACACAGAGUGAUUCAGAAAAUGCUGGAGCACACAGGCAUUGUAGCAAGCGAGCAGUUCUUGAGGAACAUUUAAGGCGUCACCACUCAGAACAGAAAAGGCUACAUCAGAAGGCCCAGUCUACAGAAAAACAUCAAGAACAAGUUGUUACUAGCUCUGUGCGCCACAGAGCAGCAGGGCAUGGUGUUCCACAUGGAAAACUAUUAAAACAGAAAUCAGAAGAGCCAUCAGUGUCAUUGCCCUUCCUACAGACGACAUUGUUGAGAAGUUCAGGCAGUCUUGGGCAUAGACCAAGCCAAGAGAUGGAUAAAAAGUUAAAAAUUCAGCCUGCUUCUGCUGCUUCUGAAAAGGACAAUGAUGACGACCAAAGUGACAAGGGCACCUACACCAUUGAACUGGAAAAUCCCAAUAGUGAAGAAGUAGAAGCUCGGAAAAUGAUUGACAAGGUCUUUGGAGUAGAUGACGGUCAGGAUUAUAAUAGGCCUGUUAUCAAUGAAAACCAGAAAGAUUUAAUAAAAGAUUGGGCUCUGAAUUCUGCUGCAGUAGUAACAGAAGAAAAAAAAACACUGAUUACAUCUGGAUUUCUUGAUUCUGAGGAAGGCACCACUUCAUCUGGAAACAAGAGAUGGGUUUCACAGUGGGCUAGUUUAGCUGCUAAUCAUACAAGACAUGACCAGGAAGACAGGACGAUGGAGUUGUCUGCAUCUGCACCUAUAGAAAAUGAUACAGACAUCAGUGAGUCUGGAAUUUCUGUGAGAAGCACGGGAUCAACCACUUCCUUAACUAGCCAGGGGGAGAGAAAAAGAAGGACACUUCCUCAACUUCCAAAUGAAGACAAGUCUUUUGAAAGUAGCAGAGCAAAGAUCUUGCCUCUGCGGUCAGAGAUAGGUGAGAAACAAGACACAGAACUUCAGGAGAAGGAAGCCCCAACACAAGUAUCCCAAAAGCGGCAAGAUGCUGACAGAGUCCUAGGGAAAAUGAACAGGACUGUGAAUGGUCAGACUCUGAAAAGUGUUGGAGACACCAAAACCCUAUUUCAUCUUAACACUUGUGCUCCUGGGAAAGAGAAAAGUGAGACUGAUAGAGAAGCCUCCUUGGUAAAGCAAGCAUUGGCCAAAAUUCAAGAACAGGAGCAAAAGGACCAGGCACAGUGGACACCCACUAAAUUAGCUUCCUCAAAACAUGCUCCAGGUCAAGGAGAGAAGGGUAAGGAGGAACCUCUCAGACAAGGGACACAUGCACUAGAAAAAACCCUAAGCCAGCCUACAAAUAAAGGGGAAAGGGUGAUACAAAGUGAAGGCAAGAGAAGAAAGACUGAAGAAAUUCAAAAAAGUCAGACUGCCAAAGGGCCAGGAGGAGACAAGAAAGAAUCUGCAAAGUCCUUAGUGAGACAGGGAAGCUUUACUAUAGAAAAACCUAGCACAAACAUACCUAUAGAACUUAUUCCUCAUAUUAACAAACAAACUACAUCUACUCCCCCUUCUUUUGCAUUAACAUCUGUAAGCAGCAGAAUACGAGAAAGAAGUGAUUCUGUAGAUACUGAUUCUAGUAUGGACACAACUCUCAUUUUAAAAGAUACAGAAGCAGUAAUGGCUUUUCUUGAAGCUAAGUUGCGAGAUGAGAACAAAACUGAUGAAGGCCCAGAUACUCCAAGUUAUAAUAGAGAUAAUUCUAUUUCACCUGAAUCAGAUGUGGACACAGCUAGUACAAUCAGUUUGGUUACUGGAGACACAGAAAGAAAAACAACCCAAAAACGAAGGAGUUUGACUAGCCUUUACAAAGAUAGAUGCUCCACAGGUUCUCCUUCCAAAGAUGUUGCAAAAUCAUCAUCUUCAAGUGCUAGAGAAAAAAUUGAAAAGAAAACAAAAAGUCGCUCCACCGACAUUGGAUCAAGAGCAGAAGGUCGUAAACUUGUUCAGACAAGUGGAAGAAUAAGACAGCCUUCUGUGGACUUAACAGAUGAUGAUCAAACCUCUAGUGUACCUCAUUCUGCUAUUUCUGAUAUUAUGUCAUCUGAUCAGGAAACUUACUCUAAUAAAUCUCAUGGAAGGGCUCCAUUUACCACAACAGAUGAACAUACUCAUUCCAAACUCGAUGGCUCUAAGAUAACUAAAUCUAAAACAUCUCCUGUUGCAACUGGUUCAUCUAGUAAAUCAACCACUCUUCCCAGACCACGGCCUACUAGGACUUCUCUCUUGCGAAGAGCACGACUUGGUGAAGCUUCAGACAGUGAACUUGCUGAUGCUGACAAAGCAUCAGUUGCUUCUGAGGUGUCCACAACCAGUUCUACAUCAAAACCUCCAACAGGAAGACGAAACAUCUCAAGAAUUGACUUAUUGGCUCAGCCUCGUAGAACAAGACUUGGUUCAUUAUCAGCCCGUAGUGAUUCUGAAGCAACUAUAUCUAGAAGUAGUGCCUCUUCACGUACUCAAGAAUCCAUUGUUAGAAGUGGUGCAAGAUUGAACCCAUCUGAUAAAUUUUCUCCCAGAAUUAGAGCGAAUAGUAUUUCUCGACUCUCCGACUCCAAAAUCAGAAGUAUGACUUCAACACAUAGCUCUCCCUCAGUAAAUUCAAGAUGGAGGCGCUUUCCUACUGAUUAUGCUUCCACCUCAGAAGAUGAAUUUGGAUCAAACCGUAAUUCCCCUAAACAUACCCGUCUGCGUACUUCUCCAGCCCUGAAAACCCCUCGAGUGCCGAGCACUGGCGCAGCCACGCACACUAGCUCAUCAUUCAAGCAUCGAAUAAAAGAACAGGAAGACUACAUUCGAGAUUGGACUGCUCACCGAGAAGAAAUUGCCAGGAUCAGCCAAGAUCUGGCUCUCAUUGCUCGAGAAAUCAAUGAUGUAGCGGGAGAGAUCGACUCCGUAACUUCAUCGGGCACUGCCCCUAGUACCACAGUAAGCACUGCCGCCACCACCCCUGGUUCUGCCAUAGACACUAGAGAAGAGUUGGUUGAUCGUGUGUUUGAUGAAAGCCUCAACUUCCGAAAAAUCCCUCCACUAGUUCAUUCUAAACCACCAGAAGGAAACAAUAGACCUAGUGAUUCCAGGCCUCAAUUAACAGAGAAUCCAGAACACUUAACAAUUACAAGGCGGAGAACAUGGAGCAGAGAUGAGGUUAUGGGGGACAAUCUGUUACUGUCAUCAGUCUUUCAGUUCUCUCGGAAAAUAAGACAAUCUAUAGACAAGACAGCUGGAAAGAUCAGAAUACUAUUUAAAGACAAAGAUCGGAAUUGGGAAGAAAUAGAGACAAAGUUACGAGCUGAAAGUGAAGUUCCUAUUGUGAAAACUUCAAGCAUGGAGAUUUCUUCUAUUUUACAGGAGCUGAAAAGAGUUGAAAAGCAGUUACAAGUGAUCAAUGCUAUGAUUGACCCAGAUGGAACUUUGGAAGCUUUGAACAGCUUGGGAUUCCCCAGUGCUGUCUUACCAGCCCAGCCAAAACAGAAGUCUAGUCCUGGGAAUAACCAUGAAGGCCCUGCUCAGACCUCACCCCCUUGCCAGCCAGAAGCUAGGGCUCUUCGUCCCACUGACAUCUCCGUCUCAGCUGAAUUUGACAAUGUGGAAUCCGAAGCUGAUUUCAGUAUACAUUUCAAUAGAUUCAACCCAGAAGGGGAAGAGGAGGAUGUCACUGUACAUGAAUGACUUAUUCUUUAUUGUUUUUUAAAAUUACUUAAAUGUGGAAUGCCUAGGGAUAUUGAAAGGGUCACGAUGUUGAUUUAUACAAAGCGAAGUAGCUUGGUCAGCUGCAAUGUGGUCACACUUGUUUUCUUUAUUGGGGAUUCUUGGACUGUCACGAUAAUCCCUUCAGAACCAUUAAGAUAGCCAUCAAUAGAAGGGAGGAAAAGUGAGUUCAUGGCAGCUUUGCCCUUGGUGGUUAUUGUGUGCUUUGCAAAUAGAAUUAAAACUGCAGCUUUCCCUUCUUAGACCUUGGUUGUUUUUACUUUUUUUUUUUUCUUAAGCCCUGUUGUGACCUGCAAGCAGACUUCCAUCCAACAGAUCUGAAACCCCAAGUCUCCCGUGCCAAGCUACCCUCUGAAAUGGACUUUUCUUCAGUUUGUACAGAUUUCUUAAACAGUUAUAUUUGUUUCUGAAUAUUAGGAUUUAUAUUAGGAUACAAUACCUUUGGGUACAAUGACACAUUACUGUUCACAGUAAGACAGACAUUACAAUGCUUUCAUUCUUCUGUCCUGAGCUUUUCCAACAGUUACGUGAUUUAUAUAACUUGGUUGCUACGUAAAUUGUCCUGAGAUUUACAAAGUUAACUAUUAUGUUUGCACUAAGAAUUUGCUGGGAGUGGUAGGUGGACACGUCUAUAUAUCCAUAAGGACUACCAGUCUUUUUAUGUACAUAGGUAAUACUGUAUUUGUUUUAACCCACAGUGUUUCACUCCACUUUCUGAAAGCUCAAUUUGGCACUUUUUCUUUUUCUCUUCUUUUAAAAAUGAAAGUAGAAAGAUUUCAUCAUCCAUUUCAGUCCAGCUGGCUAUUGGAAUGAUAAAAACAAAUUUAAACAGAUAGGUGGAGUAUAUUUUUAAAGAGAAGAACAUGUAUAUUGGUGCAAAUAGGCUCUCUGGUGUUACCAAGUUUCUAUGUGACGUUUUUAAAAAUUUCUCUUGGAAUGAUCAUGAGGUAUAAAAUUCUUCUUUAGGACUUGAAGAACCAAUAGGAAUAACUUAGCUGAUCCAUAGUCUCACUCCCAAGCACAUAAAUAGCUUCUGUAUGUUUCCCUGUAGACUUGAUAGUAAAUCCCUGUCUCUGCUGUAUACCUGUAUAAGAACUUGGAAAGACAACUACUAACAUAAGACUUUUGGCUAAAACCACUGAAUAGAAAGUCUGUGAAAAUAUCCUAUAUAAAACUCAUUUUCCUUUUGUUGUCCCAGUAAGGUAACAUUUGGGUAUGUUUAAAAAAAUAAAGUAAUUGACCUUGUAUUUCCAGAACACUGUAAUUUGGAGAAAUAUUAAUUCUGUUAAAUAUAACUAGUAGGCUUGAAUUUUCCCUGGAUUAUAUCAGUCUCUAAAGGUUAAAAAUACAAUUUUUGCAGCUUUUAUGAAAUGGUCUUUAAUAUCUCAGCAAUAAUUCUAUACUAUAAUUGUUUAAGAAAAAUACUUGGUCUGUACAUUUAAAAACUCAACAGGAUUGCUGAAGUCUUGUAAAGUUGGACCAGGUAAUAAAAAUGCAAAAACCGUUUUUGUAGCAGUGUAAAAAAAAAAAACCUGUUGUAUAAUGGAUCUCAUAUUUUUCUUUAAAUCUAAAAAUAAAUAAAAUAUUCUUCAUAUAAAGCUAAAUUCCCCACUCUAUUCAAAGGAAGUCUCAAAACAGUUAUAGAAAAAAUGAAAGGAAGGAUAGAAAUAGUUCAAAAGAAUAAGUAAAAUGUUGAAACAGGGUCAGUCCACGUUAAAAAAAAAAUUCAGCAAAUUAAUAACCAUCAUUCCUUCUUUUCCUCAGUGCCUGGGUACUGAAUUUAACCAUAUGGAAGUGGAAGGUAAGGAGUUACUUAGAAAAAUAUUACUCUAGAAUUGUCUCACAAGAUUUUUUUCAAGAGUUUACACAUUUUUGUUUGGUGACAAGCAUUUGGCCUUUUACUAUGUUAUUAUUUUGUAUGAACACAUUAUU